GCAGCCAGGGAGCGUCUCAGUUCAGUGAAGGCCUCUUUGGCCCCUAGCUGGCGCCGCGUGCAACUCCGCCAGCGCCCCCAGGAGCUCCGGUAAACUAUUGAGGGCGGCCACUGGCCUGCAAGCUGCAAAUAACCGUCCACCCCUCCCUCUGUGCCUUGGUGGCCCCGUAGUCUGCUGUGACCAUGGAGACUCUCAGCAGCUGCCGUGCUGCCUCCCUCUCUGAGCUGGUGCCCAAUGGUUACCUGGCUCAGGUCUUCCCAGGCUGCUCUGAGGUAGAAGGCCUGGCUGGGAAGGUGGGGCUGAAGGAGUCUGAGCAGUGUGAUCAGGGUGAAUUGAAUCCCAGAGAAAAGAGUGGUCAGAACAAGAAGAAAACCAGAAUCAACAAGAUCUGGAAUUUUGUGAGCCGCAGAAAAGGGGCCUCCAGUCAGGGGAAGCGACCCCAGUCCAUGAUUUUACUGGGAGGCAUCUCCCGGCCAUCAGAGUUGAAACUCAAAUUCACAUUAAUGGAUCGAAUGAAGUCAUUCAAGAGGUUGAAGCCUUCAACUAGGGACUCCAAGAGUACUACCCCUAGGAACAGCCAGGCCCAGGAACCUCAGGAGGCGCCAGGUAUCUGCCGGAUGAGGAAGGCAGAGAAGGCCUGGAAGCCCUUCCGCCAUUCCUACGCGAGCCACCUUGAGGGCCUGGAGACCUUCCUUGCAGAUGUACAGAGAUUGGUGCACACCCCCAAGAGGGUGAACCAUAAAGUUCUGGCCUUCGAUGGCUUUGACAUUCAAGUAGAGGAAGACCCCUUGGAGGAAGAGACCCUUGAGCAGCCCGGUACUGGUGAGUGGGCCAGGAGCUACCUGAAAAGCAUGUUCUCUGGGAACUGUGAGGUCUUGCACAAAUCGGCCGGAGACUCCAGAAUCCAGGAGCUGGAGGCCAUCAUUGAGGGCUCCACCUUGGAAGGGAAUGUAGAAGGGGGCUACGAGGAGAGCCCUGGGCGCCUGUGCCGAGACAAGACCACACCUUUCAGUGGUGUUGUCAAGUUCUUCAGCAACAUGGCCGAGGUUGCCCGCAAGUGGCGGGCAUUAUCCCGGGAAGAGCUGCAAAUGGGCUGCCAGCAGGAGGCCUACUUUGUGGGUGGCAGCGAAGGUUUCAUCCUGGAAAGUGCCACCUCCAGGGCCUCAUUCCCCCAAAACCUGUCCUGCCCCCCAGAGGCUGCACUGUGGGGCAGCACCAUUAGGAGGUGCCAGCGCUGCCACCGCAAGACCUCCCAGGCCUCAUGCACCUUUGAAAUGAACAUUGAGGGUGAGGAGACACCCGGCCAGGCUCUCGCAGGUCCAUGCACCACUGCUGUCUUGGCCUCAGCCUUGGCCUCAACCUCAGCAGUCUUCGAGUUCCAGGACAACCAGACACCCCAGAACUGCAGCAGCCACCACUAUCUCCGUGCCUUCACCAGGGGGCACUCCGCCUCCAAGAAGCUCAACGAAGACACUGAGACUGUGGUCAGCUUCCUCAAUGAAGAUGACAAUGCUAGAGAGUCCUCUGAGUUGGGCACCUGUGCCAGGAGGGUCACCACCAAAGCUGUCAUGGAGAAGCUAGAGGAGAAGCCAAGUGAGAUGGAGGAGCAGAAGGCUGGCAGUGGGCCUGAGGGGUCCAGCCAGGCAGGGCAGCCCCAGGAGUCUCAUUUGGGUAUGGGUGCAGUGGAUGCAGAGAGAGACGCUAGCAAGGCAUGCACUGGAGUCCUGGACACUAAGUUUUUCUUUCCCUCAGCUGAACCAUCGCCAAGGAUUCCACCCCUCAAAAUUCUCCUGGAAAAAUGCCAGUCUCUGCCCAUCUCACAGAACAUCCCCAUGGAGCUGGAUCAAGUAGGCUGGAGGAGGCCCAGGAAGCUUUGCACAGGUAACUUGGACCAGGGCUCCAAGACACUGGAAACCUGUAAGAAUGCUGGUGGAUACUGGAAGCACCAGGAACCAGGAAACAAGCAAGUUAAUAAGCUGAUCACUGGAGAUUCCAUCGUUAGUGCUGAGGCAGUAUGGGAUCACGUCACCAUGGCCAACCGGGAGUUGGCAUUUAAGGCUGGCGACGUCAUCAAAGUCUUGGAUGCUUCCAACAAGGAUUGGUGGUGGGGCCAGAUCGACGAUGAGGAGGGAUGGUUUCCUGCCAGCUUUGUGAGGCUCUGGGUGAACCAGGAGGAUGGAGUGGAGGAAGGGCCCAGUGAUGUGCAGAAUGGGCACCUGGACCCCAACUCAGACUGCCUUUGUCUGGGCCGGCCACUACAGAACCGGGACCAGAUGCGGGCCAAUGUCAUCAAUGAGAUCAUGAGCACCGAACGUCAUUACAUCAAGCACCUCAAGGACAUUUGUGAGGGCUACCUGAAGCAAUGUCGGAAGAGAAGGGACAUGUUCAGCGAUGAGCAACUGAAGGUGAUCUUUGGGAACAUUGAAGACAUCUACAGGUUUCAGAUGGGCUUCGUGAGAGACCUGGAGAAACAGUACAACAAUGAUGACCCCCACCUCAGCGAGAUAGGACCCUGCUUUCUGGAGCACCAAGAUGGAUUCUGGAUAUACUCUGAGUACUGUAACAACCACCUGGACGCCUGCAUGGAGCUCUCCAAACUGAUGAAGGAUAGCCGCUACCAGCACUUCUUUGAAGCCUGUCGCCUCUUGCAGCAGAUGAUCGACAUUGCUAUUGAUGGUUUCCUUUUGACUCCAGUGCAGAAGAUCUGCAAGUAUCCCUUACAGUUGGCUGAGCUCCUUAAGUAUACUGCCCAGGACCACAGUGACUACAGGUAUGUGGCAGCUGCUCUGGCUGUCAUGAGAAAUGUGACUCAGCAAAUCAAUGAGCGCAAGCGGCGUUUGGAGAAUAUCGACAAGAUUGCCCAGUGGCAGGCCUCUGUCCUAGACUGGGAGGCCCAAGUUGUGAAAUCUGACAGUCCACAGGCUAAUAUAACCAAGAUGGGAGAGGCUGGACAUGCUACCAGGGAGGAAGUGGCAAACUUAAGCCUCAUGGUUACAACAUAGAUGUUGAGCCAGCUCCCCAUUCCACUGGCCUCAACUCAGGUAUCAUUUGCUGUGAUUGAGAGGAAAUAUCUCUCUAACAUUUCAAGCAGUUUAGCACAUUUCAAGGGGAUUAGGCAUUGGCCUUACAGACAGCUACUUAACCAAGGUCCAGGAAAAAUCAUCUUUCCUUUAUCCUGCUACCUCUGUUCCUCCUUAAUGUAGCUGGCUAGAAAAGACUACAAUUCUGAGCAGCUGGCAUAUUUUUGAGUCUUAUUUGAAGGAUAAUGUCCCCAUACAGUGUAGAAAACAACAGUGAUUCUUUGAGAUGCAGAGAAAAUGAUGAUUCUGUAUAAACAGACCCUCUUGCUCAUAAGAGGAAGCCAGCACUGGCCCAGACUUAUUAGGAAAUCAUAAGUUCUCCUUCCCUUGUAUUUGGUUUGCUUUGGCUAGUUGCCUGAUCAGAGGCAGGGGGCUGGAUCAAAUGACGUCUAGCAAGCCCAUCAACUCUAAGGCACUCUGAAAUUGUGGCUAGUUAGCAGGCCUCUUUUUUCCUACACUUGGCAGUGUUCUCUGUAAGAGGAUGUUCCCAGCAGCGGUUGUCUUCCUGUUCUCUGGAACAUCUUCCCUCCUCCCAAUACCUGGAAGAUCUAAUUCCUCCAUGUGCUCUGGGCCUCCAGUCCCUGCAGCUGGGGACAUGGGGAACCAAGAAUAGCUUGAAAUUCCUUGGCCUGUCCAUGGAGCUUCAUUAAUACCAAACUUGAAAGCACUGAACUAUCAUUUAAAGACUUGGCAUCUCAGAAGGAAUUUCAUGUGUUUUUGUCUGGGAGUGAGGGUGGGAAACAAAAAGGCAAUUCUGAACGAGGAUUGACAGGAGAAAAAUUGCUCUUCUGCCUCCUUUGUUAACAUGAUUGAUUGGUCCUCUGAUCUCAUCCCAGCCUGCACAACCCCGGCACCCUCCUUCUUGACAAAGCUCUUCUUCAUCUAAAUUGGAGAGAAGAAAAAUUCCUUAUGGUUCCCUUUUCAGACUCUGGGGUCACUGUGGAACUUACCAGCUCCAGAGGGGUUGCCUUCUAGGAAGCCUUUUCUCCAGCAAGUCCUGAUGGGUAUAUUUCAGAAGCCAGGUCUAAAGUAUCUGUCACGUUUGCCAUAUCUGGUCUUAAAGACUUCUAGAAUGUCAGAGUAGCCAGGGCUCUUUGGGGACUCCCCUAGAACAACUCUGGCUAUGCUUGUGCACAUGCACACCUGCAGAUAGACGUGCACACACACACACACACACACACACCUUGUAAUGAUGGUGGAAGUCUGAGAUGCUUAUUUCUGACCAAGGCCACACAAAGCUAAAACUUGAAUCUAAUCUGGAGAUUCCCUGUGUAGUGUUCUUUUCACUACUGCACAGCAUACUCUUCUAACCUUCUACUUCCCACAGCCAAAUUGCUUCCCUUUGUGAUACUACAGGGACUUGUUUUUGCAGUAAAGGGUCCAUAUCUUAACAAGACAAUAAGACUGCCUUUGGGGGAAAAUCCAAAUCCCAGUAAGGUUAAAGGUGGAUGAGUGCUGAGGGAUCUCCCUCAGAAAACCAUAGGACGUUUCCAUUCCAUGACUUGCUGACUCUUGGCAACCUCACUGGUGUCUUGGUAUAGGUUCUUUGUAAGUUCCACCUGCCCAAGCAGUUAAACUUGCAGAGAAAGAUCGUGCCAGCUUGCUGAGGGCUGCUUUGGGCAAGCCUUGCAAAUGAAGAAAAUGAAGCAGUGCUUUACUGUUUCUGCCACUCUCUUGCCUCCCCCAGAUGUUUGAGCAAACAGGGUGGCUGUCAGAAGCAGCACAUGAUAAUUUUAGCUUAAUUUGUCAAAUGAGAAAGAGGAGUUAUAGGGGAAACCUUCAGAGAUUAAUCUGCCUUGAAGAGGGAUUGGGAAAGAGCGUGGAGGGUUGGUGGCAUAUAGGCAGUUGAUGCCUGCUCAAUAAAUCAGUGCAUCUGGUGAGAAAGCAGAAGGUCUUGCAUUAUAGCCAGGUCUGACCCACCCCCAAUUUAUUCCAUGAACAUUCUGGGUCUUUUCGCCCAACUUCGUUUACCACCCCUGGCCCCUGCCAGCCUAUGGGGACUAGAGUUCAUGAAGCAACUCCUGCUCUGUCCCACCCCCCAGAACUCCUGAAAAAUAAAUGGAUGAGUGGAAGUGUCACCCAUACCUCUAAGUAAUAAUCAGUGCCUUAGAGCAGCUUAAUGGAGCAGCAGGGAGAAGAACCUGUUCCCAAGGACUGCAGUUUCUGGGUAAUUUCCAUUUCUAAUUUCUCUGACCUGAGGUUUCGUUGAGCUGUCACUUUGCCACCCUUCACACUCAUUAGAUCCACUUGAGACGAGGGGAGAAGGAACAUAUGUCUGACAACUUCUUUUUAAUAGAUUUUUCUUCUGGAGACUUUUACCAGGACCCCAAGUUUGUAACUCAUGUUUGGGAACUUAAUUGUAUAUGGUUGUGAUUUCCUCCUCAUGACACUCUGCCCCUCACCGCUGGUUAUGUAAUACCCAAGAACCUGUUACAGUUUACCAUUGCAUGAUUGAAUUCAAAGAAAUUGGAGAAAAUGCAAAAACCCAACGUGAUGGAGGCAGAAAAAGCAUCUAUUUAAAAGGUAACGUGGUUUGAUGAGGCAUACUUCUGGGACGAGGACAUCAAACGUGGAGCUGGAUGGAUUUGUUCUUUCCCUGCCCUCCUGUCAGUAGGCAGCAUUGAAAAUGAAUUGUAUGAAAAGGAUGACACUUCCCUUGUCUUUCUGUUCCUGGAUCUGCUCAGGCCACAAACCUACAUCAGACAAUCAACCUGUAAUUAGAAUGGAGUGCUGGGCAUUGGGAUAUUGAGAUGAAUGAGAUGUGGCCUUGGCUAUCCAGUCGGGGCAGAUAAGUUCCAGGCAGAGGGAACAGUGUGAGCAAAAUCCUGGAGGAAUGGAAGAGAAUAGAAGACCUGUGGGGAAGGGGGACGUGGUAAGGAAUUGUACUUUUUGGGGCAAGACAAAGAAAUGUGUGGUGCAGUUUGGGCAGAGGAAGAAAAGGGUGAGAGCCCUGAACUCUGAGAAGGCUGUUUCCCUUACAUGAACUGAUUUGAUGCUCUCAAGCAGCCAUGUGAUGUGAGACAAACAGGAACCUUUGUAUUAUCACCAUUGUCCAAAUGAGGAAACAUAUUGAGAGUGGUUAAGCUACUUCUCAAGAGCACAUAGUGAGUUGAUGGCGGCACUGGGCCUAGAACCCAAGUCUUCUGAGAUUCUUGACUCAGAAAUCUUCCAAGGCAGCUGGUUGCUCCACUAAGGGAUCAUCAUUCUGCUGUGAUUUGGUGGUUUAGAGCGUGAACUUUAGAGGGAGUCUGGCUUAGAUUCUUUCACUUUGGGCAAAUUACUUCCAAUAUCUCUGACCUUAGUUUUAGAGAUAAUAACAGUGCAUUCCUUAUUGGCUUGUUGUGAGUAUUAAUAGGAAUAUGUGGCACAAGAUAUAUGGCACACAGUAAUAGUCAAGAUAAUGACAAUCACUUAUGUAGAGCUUACAGUGUGAUGUGUACUUUCCUAAACACUUUAUAUAUGUUAACUUAUAUAAUCCUCACAAUAGCCAGAUGAGAUUGGUACUGUUAUUAUCCUUAUUUUAAAGAUGAGAAAACUGAGGCACAGAGAGGAUAUAUGAGUUGCCCAACAUCAGUCAGCUUGGAGGGCACAGGGGGUGUAUUUUUUCAAGUGUUUUUUUUUCUCUUGGUGGAGUUACAUGUGGCAAGUACUUAAUAUAGAAUUAGCGUCUCCUGGCUGGUACAGUGGGUGGACCACAUGACACCGAGUAGUCCUUCUGAUCUGAUCAUCCUCAGUUUAGCAAGAGGUACCUUUAAAAGUCAACCUGGCCAUCUUUGUAGGGCAUUGGCCCCUUUUUAUAGCUUUCUUUCACUUCAUACAUAUUCAAAAUGGACUGUGAGUCAUCUUCCUGGCCUGCUUCAGGGUGGAGCAUAGCAGACUGGUACAACUCUCAGCUUCCCAUCCCUCUAACAGGGAAGCCCUGCAUGCCUACCUCACUCUGAGGCUUUCCUCUCCCAGCCCUGGACCUCUGGAGGUUCUGUGCUAGUAUGUAGGCCCCUCAAGGAGGAGUGUUUACCUGAGUUCUAAGGUAUCCCUGAGGUGCAGUCUGGAAUCACAGUAGUAUCUCUGAGCAUUCUUUCUGAGGUUGUAUUAUUAGAAUAUAUUUACACUGAGCUCCCAUUUUCCUUCUCAUCAUUUAGACUGGAAAAACGUGGUAUGCUCAAGAAUACCAUUUCUAGCCACCCCUCUUUUUGACCCACUGCCCUACCUAGGCUUUUUGCCUGUGAUUAUUUCUAGGGGUAUGCAGUGGCCCCCAUCUCUAACUUUGACUUGAAGCUUUUGGUUGCAAGGCUGAGAUCUUAGCAUCAGAGUAUUAGGGCUAGGACCUUAGAGAUCAUCCUCGUAUACCUCAUUUAACAUCUGGAAAAACUGAGACCCAGAGAGAGGAAGGGCCUGAUUCUCCAGUGACUUUCUGGCCUAGAGACAGCGUAAUGUAGUAGCAAGAGUGAGUAUACCCUCUGGAGCUGCAGAAUUGGGUUUGGGUAAUGAAUGUCUAGCUAACUAGCUAGGUGACCUUGUCUGAUCAGUUUACCUCUAUAUACCUCAGACUAUAAAAUGAGAGCAAGAAUAUCCACUUCCCAGGGCUAUGGUGAGGCUCAGAAGAGAUAGAGAGAUAGAGUGAAAGUAUGUAGCACAAUGUCUGACCCAUAUAGGUGCGCAGUAAAUAUUAACCCUCCUGAGUCCUGGGGCCCUGUUCUUCAUCUCCAUCUUCACAUAGGUCCUGGAUUGGGCCUAUGGCACACUCCUGUGCCCAUGGCCUUUGGUGUGGUUUGCCUUGUGUUCCAUGAAUUCUGAGCACACAUGUAUUCAUUUCUUCCACUGAGUUGUAAUCCACUUGAGAACAGAGGCCAAGUUGGGUUCAGCAUCUGACAUAUACCCCACCAUACCUCUGACCUGGCAGAGUUACCAUAAAUAAAGGGUCCUUGGAAACUGUAUAAUUGAAUUAGCUGAAAGUCGGGUGGUAUCUUGGAGCCUUUUUUGUGUCUUACUCUAUAUAGCAAGGAGGAGAAGUGGCUUCAGGCUCUCUAGGUAACAGUCCAAGGAAGCAUGCGGUCAUAAAGUUUCCAAUUUAAUCAACAGAUUUUAACUAACUGAGAGGAGAAAAAAAAAAAAACAUUUUUAAGAGGAUGAGUGGAUUCUCUUUCUCUCUCUUUAUUAUCAUCUGCUUCUUGCCUCCCCUGUCCCCUUUUACUUGUCUGGGAAGCCGAGAGACUUCUACCACCUGCUCAGAUUACUCUUUAGGUAUAAGAAAGACUAAGAGACUAGAACUGGGAUGAAAGACUGAGUCAGAAAGAGAGACUCAUAGAGAAAAAGCGAAAAGGAAAAUGAAAGAGAGAGAGAACCAAUGAACCUCAUGGCAGCUGGUGCCUCUGGGGCCAGAGGGCAACUUGCAUAGAGGGACUAUAACAGCCCUGGGUGGUGGGGCCCCUUUGGCCUCAGGGUAGACAAGAGUGUGGGUUUCUACAGCUCCUGGAGCCUUUUAAAGAUUCCCAAAAUUCCCUCCCUCUAUCAGGCCCUUUCUGUCCUCCUCCUACCCCAGUGUAUGCCCAGUCCUAGGUGCCUCCAGGCAGAUGACGAGGCCAUCUCUCCCGCCUGGCUGCCUCUCACUGUCACAUGUC